AUGUUGCUCACAUACUCACCCAUAUUUCAUAGGAAAGGCUGUGUUCUUGUAAACGAACCUACAACUCUUCGUCGGCAUGCAGAAGCAAACUUUGCGGGAAAAUAUCGAACCUGGGCCAAAACCAGCAAAUUCGAUUCGAUGUUGCCCGGUGAUGUCAAGGAUCGCAAGGCCAAAGCCAUGCGCACUCAACAGGUCAUCAAUUCACAUCUUACUGAACGUAAGCUUGCAGAGCGUGUGGUUCCAUACUCCGACAAGCUGUUCAAGACUGCAGCUGUUGAAUGGCUCAUAGCGACGGACCAGCCCAUCCAAGCCCUCGAACAUCCAAAAUUUAAAGAGAUGAUUGAUGUGGCUGCUCGUGCUACCAAUGGCAUGACAAUUCCUGGAAGGAAGGCAACGCGGGCGCAGAUUAUGCGCAUGUUCAAAAAUCACUUAACGAAGCUCAAGGCAACUUUGAAUGUGUGUCUACAUGUUCUUUUGCUUUCUGUCUUCGUCUGA